CGAAGUUAAUAAUGGAGUGGGAAAACCAACAAAUUGUACAGCAACUUGCAGAGGAAGUUAAUAAUGGAGGAAUUUUUGUGAAGGUGAUGACAAAUGAACAAAUUGAAAUCCUCCGCAAGCAGAUCGCUGUUUACGCCUUCGUUUGUGAACAACUUGUCCAUUACCACAAAUCCCUCACUCUUCAACACAAUCUUGAAGGCGUGCUCGAUCAAAAAGGAAGCAACAGGCUGAACCACCAAAUACUGCUGAACCAGAAGUGGAGACAGAUGUUGAGUCCCCAAAUGAGAAUGAGACAGAGCCAGAGGAUUUUCAGCCUCGGCACGCCCUGAGUUCAAGGACUGAAGAUCUCAGUUACCAAAACCUCGACGCUAGUUCUGCAAUGCAUUCCAUGGAUCCACCACGAACAAAGGAAGCCUGAAAGCAUGUUGCCUCCAGAAGGCAGUUUGAAGCAUGGUGGGAGUUUUGGUCAAGUGUCUAUGGGGACUAGG